AUGUACACGGCUGCUAUUGUCAUCGAGUCUAUCUGGCCACCACUUCCCGGUUCAUCGGAAUGUCCCCAAAAACAAAAGGGUCUUCCUCUCCGCACCUUCAUCCAAGAGACAUUGAAGCGAUCUCGCAGCUCCUACUCGACUCUCCAGACCGCCCUCUUCUACCUCUAUAAAAUCAGGAACAAGGUCCCCUGCGCCUACUUGAAGCGUCGUCAGGACCAGCUCUAUGCUCAUCAGACACUGCACUCGCCCUUUUCCGCCGCGGGACUUGCAACGCCACCAGCUUCACCUUAUCACCAGCAAAAUCUUUCCGAGUUCCCCAUCAAUGUCCAAGGCCCAGACUACUUUAGUGUGCGCAAGAUGGAUUGCAAACCUUCUUUGCCAUCGCCUCUUUCGUCCAAUUGCUCAAUGGCGUCUGCCAGCCCUGCAUCUGUCUCUGGUUACAGCCCAUGCUCGUCGGCUUCGCCGUCGUCCACAACCUCCUCGCCUGACUCGUCCUCGGCUUCGCCCUGCCCCUCGUCGUCUACAGCUGCAGCUGCAUCGUGCGCAUCUGCGUCAUCGACGUCUGCAGGAUCGUCAUCGUCGUCGCCCAGCCAGUCCAACAGGAUCAUCUACUGUGGUCGCCGCACCUUUUUGGCCUCGUUGAUGGUUGCUUCCAAGUAUCUCCAAGAUCGGAACUACUCCAACAAGGCUUGGGCUAAGAUUUCGGGCCUGUCCAUCAAGGAGAUCAAUGCCAACGAGCUCGUUUUCCUGAAGCUGAUUGAUUACUCUCUCUUUGUUUCCCAUGAAACAUUCAUGCGCUGGACCGCACUCCUGGUCGCCCAUGGUCCCGAGGCAACGCGCAAGUUUAUGCAGACAGCAGAUGCUGUCCAUGCUAACGCUUUCGCUGCUCGCGUCAUGUCUGCGCCACCGGUGGUUCUCAAUGGGGGUCUUAUCCGACAUACCGCUCACAAGAGCGAUGUCGUGGCCUCAGCACCUUCUCCUGCUUCUAGCAUCUCCGAGGACGAUGUGGCAGACACUUGCGAGAUCUUGAAGAAUACUGCAUCAAGGAACGUCAAGGUGGCUCGUAUGAACACAUACCUCCCUACCGUCCAUAGCAGUGGUCAUGUUGUUCGUGGUUGA